AUGGGAAUUCGGUGGAUCGGGUUGAACGACUUGCCCGCCUGGUUCUCGGCUGCCACGACUGGCUCCGUCACGGAACUCCCCGAGUACGUGACCAAGCUGAUCGACUACCCCGCAAACCCUUGCGACGACUUUUAUCAAUAUGCGUGUGGCGCGUGGCACAAGGAUGCUGUGAUCCCCCCGGAUAGACCCAGCACCGAUACGGCGUUCUUCAAGAUCGCCAUCCAAAACGAAGCCGUGUUGAAGAAGAUUUUGUCUGACAACAAAACCAAGCUUUGCGAGUUUUACAACUCAUGUUUAGACACGGCUACGCUCUCGUCGCUUGGCGUGGCUCCGUUGGCCGACUCGUUGAAAGCCAUUCGAUCGGCCAACACCACGUUGGAUCUCCUCGUCGCCAGUGUUGAUGACGCCAACGAAGCCAAGAACGCCCUCUUCGGUCUUGCUCACUGCCGAACAAGCGGCGGCUGUGAUGCCGGUGAACACCGCUUCGGGCUCUACAAUUUCGAGGAGACGGAGGCCGCUGUGUCUCCGUACACUGCGUUUACGUUUUACCAACUGGACCAGAAGUACCCGCUACUCAUCGGCUCGUGGCUCAAGGCUAACGGCUUUAACGUCCACGACCAGUCCGGUGGGUCGAACGACUGGAAGUAUCCGCUGCUCAUUGGCUCGUGGCUCAAGGGCAACGGCUUCAACGUCCGCGACGGAUGCGGUGGGUCGAACGACUGGGUGGGUUUGACCGCCUUGACCUACUUUGACAAGACGGAAGCAUUGUUAAAGAACACGACGUUGGACGACAUCCGCACCAUCGUGGAGUACAAGCUCAUUCACGCCUCGUCCACCCACCUGACCCCUGAAUUCCUCACGGCCAACUGGAACUUGUUCGGCAAGAGGAUCGAUGGCGAAGAGGUGGAACCUACUCACGCGGUGUGGUCGGCUGACUCGGCCAUGACGGCCGACGAACUUGUCAGGGCCUUGGAGUCGUCCUUCUCGACUGGUAUUGCGACCACCGACUGGUUGGACAACUCGACCCGCGCCAACGCGCAAAGGAAGCUGUCCAAGUUAGUGCAUUUGUUGGGUGGCCCCGAGAAGCCCCGGUUGUACCCCACGCUGACGUUGGACUCGAAUUCGUAUUUGAACAACCGUUGGAAGAUCUCUCAAGUGAACAUCGACACUGGAGGGAGUUGA